CCGCCCCGGACGCUGACUCCCGCCAACUGUAGCUCCGUUCCUCAGGAAGGCGACGAGACAGGCCGUCAAGGGCCAAGAGGCCCCUGAGGCCUGAGGGUGGGGUGGCAAUGUGGCCGCUAAGGGUCUAUACCAACAAGAAGCAGGCCGGCCAGAGACUCAACCUAACCCCGACGCCCGACCUAGCGGAGCCCCGCCUUGGUCCAGGCCUGAAAAGAAAUGACAAAGCGCACGGUUUGCGGAAGAUUGCGGAGAAAGCGGAGCGGAGUGGGCAGGGAGCUGGCUGCUCUGGGCUGCCCAGCACUCAGUUAAGACUUACAGGAGAGAAAAGCCCGCAAGAAAAGAGCACUAGUGAAGAGCCCCAGGAUGAGAAGAUUGCUCCAUUGAGUGAGUCAGUGCCUGAUGACCUCCAGAUUGACAGUAGUUCAUCAAAUAGUGAACUAGUAUCAGGACUAAGUUUGCAGCAUGGUAUUUCUAGUUCUCUUCUGAGCUGUUCAAUCACAGACUCUUACACAGAAAACAGGAGUUUUGAAGAGAGUUUAAGUAGCUUUCCAUCACCUGAACUCUUCAGAGGAUCAGAUUAUUUAGAUUGGGAGAGUCCCAAGUUAGAACACAUGCAAUACAAGAAUUCAACUCUUCUGGAUACCAGUAAAGCAGUACCGAUAGAGAAGGCACCACAGUUUUCAAACCUCUCUGCAGUUUUAAGUACCUCUUCAGAAGACUAUCAGAAAUACCACAGAAAAAUGGUGAUGAUGUUAGCAGACCAAAAUAUUUCUCCCAAACCAAAGAGUACUUCAAAUUCAGAAUCAGAUAAUGCAGCUUGUGGAGUUUUAUUUUCUGAGAAAACUUCCCCUUCAACCUCUGAAAAAACAAAGAAAAAAAACACAAAUUCCAGUAUUCCUGAUAAGAAAAGCAGAGGCCUGUUAACAAGUACUCCAUCUUCACAAACAGCUGAUUUCGUGAUUGAUUUGUCCUCAGUGCAAAAAGUAUCUGUUGAAGAACUAUUUCCAAAUGUCAGCAAAUACGUUAAUUCAAAUGAAAUUGUUUCUGGGUCAAGUUUGCAAGAAAAUCCUUCAAAUGAGGUUCCUUCAAAUACAUCAGAAAUAUGUUGUAUCAUUAGAGCAUCACCAGGAACUAGACAAGUGAAAAGUAAAGGUAUUACUGUAAAGAAGAAGAAAUAUUCUCCUCCUAAAGAUAUUCCUCAAGGAUUUUACCUGAAAGGAAAGCUGCUGGCAGCCAUCUUGUGUCCACAAAUGGAGGCCCUGCGUGGGAAUGGAGUUCACAGAGAGAAAUUAGAGCUGGGAUGGAGAAACUGGAUUCUUGAUAUCAUUGUUGCAGUCCCUGGAUGCAGUUGUGCCUGA